GACGCAACCGUGUCGGUUCAAAAGUAUCCGAAAAUCUCAUUCAACGCGAACGAUUUAGUCGUUCGGUUGCAAGAAACGUGUCAAGUACUUGCUUGAUUUAUUCGUAUAUUAAAGAUUAAAUUCUUAAACAAAAAUUAUUAGCCGGACUUGAUCCGCGAAAGUUAUAUAGAACAAGUCUGAAAGUUAGGUGGUUGAAAUCAUCUGUCUCCGCCGAUCCGUGCAAGAGCAAACAUGGUUAACAACGAUUCCACCCCCACCACCGAACCGAUCGUGCUUCGACAGCCCGAGCAGCUUCUUCGGCAAGUACUUGGGCGUGAUCUGAUCGUCGUCGACUGUCAACAAGUGCCCCUGCUGCCAGCGGGUGAAAAUUAUGCCAGCUUGAUGCUCAAAGUCGACGUCGUCGUUAAGAAAAAGCCGGACGCCGACGACGAGAGGCUCGAGUUGGUGGCCAAAAUGGCUCCUGCGACGUCUCUGCAGCAACGCAUAGUGAAAAUCACGGCCGCCUGGAAGAAGGAAAUUUUCAUUUUCAAAGAAUUGAUACCGCUGUAUCGAGAGCUGCAGCGAGAGGUCGGCGUCGCGGAGAAGGAUCUGAUCGACAUACUUCCAAAAUAUUACGGCAGCCGAUUGUCGCUCGAUCCGAGCAAUCGGAACGAAGCCGAUCUCGAUGCCGUGUUACUCAUGGAAAAUCUUAAAAGUCUCGGUUACGACACUUACGAUCGAAACAAAGGUAUGGAUUUCGCGCACGCGAAAAUGGCCAUCUCCAAACUGGCGGAAUAUCACGCGCUUGGCCUGGCUUUCAGAAUGAAAAGACCGGAACUUUUCGAAGAAGCCCGAACAAUGACGGAUACCAUACCCUUUGAUUUUACCAGCGGUACGACUGCCGGUUUCGAAGACCAUCUUUUGAAAAUUAUUUGCAAUGAUUCUCGCAUGGCCCCUUAUCGGGAUCGGAUAAAGAAGAAUCUCGAUAAAAGCAAAAAUUUUGGUUAUUACAAUAUGAAAGCCGUUGAGCCGUGGCUCACGAUAACUCACGGCGACGUUUGGGGUAACAAUAUGAUGUUCAAAGAAGACGAAGAUAAAAAUCCGAUCGACAUCAAGUUCGUCGACUUUCAAAUCGCCUUCGCCUGCAGCCCGAUGAAAGACAUCCCUUACUUCCUUUGCACCAGCUUACGCAUGGACACCUUCAUCGAUCACUUCGACGAUCUGCUGGACGUCUAUCACGAUCGAUUGAUCGACUCGUUGACGCGGCUGCGGUGCGACGCCUCGCCGUUUCGGCGCGAACGGUUCGACGAGCAGCUUCAGCGCGACGCGAGCGAUCAAUUUUCUCGAUGCAUGCUGACCCUGAAAUUCAUCACCAUGAACACGGCCGAGAACGACAUCGACCUGAACGACCUGAAGGGUAGCGUGGUCGAGUCGGAAGCCAACGACGUGUUCGUCGAGCGUCUCUGGCAGGCGAUUCGAGUGUUCGUUGAAAAGGAUUGGAUGUGAUUCGCGGGAAAACUUUCGGCCGAUCGACGACUUCUUCGCGGAAGAAAAAAAAGAUUUUUUUUCAAGAGAGAGAGAGAAGAUGAAGAGGAAAAAUUGUGGAUGAGUCGUCGAUUGCUAUAAAACACUCGCUUGUACCGCAAUGUCGACGAGUAUAAUCGUUCUAUCUGUUCGUAUUCUUGCACGUCGUCCAUUCAAGUUGUAAUAUUAUGACGAAAGACCUCGCGGAGGACGUCAAGGUCACUGAAUCUCGAGCGAAUGACGAAUUUAUUUCAUAAUUUGCUUAUUGUUCGGUCGAUUUAGACGAUUGCAUUCAGACACGAUGGCACUAUGUCCAUUUAAAUAUCUUCUUUGUUAUCUUUCGCAGUAAUACAAAUUUUAUUGAACGUUUAAAUUUUCAGUCAAAAAUGUUGUUGUACGUAAAUAAUAGAUAAGAAUCUGCAUUUUUAAGUCACAUUGACAAUAAAAAUCAUAGGCUCGAAGAAAUGAGCGAAAUUAU